UAAUAUUUUUUUCCAAAUAUAUACAUUCCAUGAUUAUUCAUUUUUCGUUUAAUUUUUAUCAAACAUAAUGGAUAUUUCUUCAAAACGUCACUAUUCUGGUCAAUUAUAUAAAUACACAAAUGUAAUGAAAGGAUGGCAAUAUCGAUUUUUUACAUUAGAUCCACAAGCUGGUACACUACAAUAUUAUUUAUGCGAAGGAGGUGAAAAGAUAGUUUCAGAAAAUGGCCAACCUCGAGGUUCUGUUCAUCUGGCCGCAGCAGUAAUUUGCCCAAGUGAUGAGGAUUCUAAAACAUUUACUGUCAAUUGUGCCAGUGGUGAUAUGCUUAAAUUGAGAGCAAGUGAUGCGAGAGAACGUCAAGAAUGGGUUAAUACAUUAAGAGCUGUAGCUGAAUCACACACUAGAGCAAUAGGAUCAACAGGUCCACCAAUGGCACCUAGAGAACACUUAGCUGUAUUAGAUGCAUUCGGUUGUGUACGAUCACAAUUACAUAGAACUGAACAAGCUGAUGCAUUACUAUGUCGUAUCCUCGAAGGCAUCAACAAUUAUCAUACCGAUCAUAAUUUAUUACGUUUAAAGGCAACAUCAGCUGCUGCUUUACAUACAUUAACACAAUGUUUAGCGAUAUUGCAACGAACACAACACAAUGAAAAUGCAAUGACAGCAAGUAGUGUAUUUUAUCGACCGUGUCCUCCAUCAAAUACUAAAUUAAAAGAAGCUAACGAGGAGAAUAAUCACUAGUAAUUUAUUUAUAAAUAUAAUUUUUUUAUUCGCAUUAAAAAAAAAAACUGAAUUGUACUUCAUAUAUCUUGGCCUUACAAAAUUAUUAUGGCCGUUAAAAAACUUGUAUAGUCAAUUGUUGAGAAAGAAACAUUGUAAACUUUUUGUACACGUUCUUUGGUAUGCACCUAAUUCUAUCACUUACAAAAAUUUGAUGCGAACGCGAUACAACCUUCAUAUUCGUGUAACAUACCCGUGUUCUCACUACAAAAGUUUAUUUAAGAUUAUACUUUUUUUUAAUGAACUUUUUAGAAAAAGCAUAAACAACUUUCCAUUGUAUCGCAUAGUAAAGAUUUGGAAUACUUAGACAAGGUUACGUAUAUCCUCAAAAGAUCAGAUGGACCUGACGAAAUGUUAAAUUAAACAAUGCACACCAAAACAGAAUUAGGUGUAUAAUUUUCAUGAGAUUUAUGAUCGUUUUUAACUUCCCUAAUAUGUAAAAAAAAAAAUCGCGUUUUUUAAAAGAAUUAAAAACACGCAUUAUUUGCGAAUUAAAAAAUAAAUGAUUAUUUUUCGAAAUAAACAUGGAUGCAAAAGCAAGCUAUAAGUAGACUAGCUUUGUGUUAAGAAAUAUCAAAUUUCCAAACCAUUUUUAGGGAUAAAUACAGUCAGUUUAUACAGUUUUAUUUUAACCAAUGUUACUAAAUACAUAAUCGAGUCGAAAUAACCGGCAGUCGGUGGAAAAUGUUUGUCUGAACUAAAAUCGAAAAAGUUUAGUUCGCGUGAAUAUGAUUUUGUUAAGUACAUUCAGAUAAACAUCAUCCAUCGGCUACCAUAAAAACAUGCCGGCGCGAAUUCCAUUCCUAGAUCAGACUGUUUUUUCGAUUUUAUUAAAACCAUAACGUACUUUUAUACAAUGUAAAUUGAUGAUAACAAAUCGUACUAAUUGGCAUAAUGCAUAAUGGAUUAUAUUUUGGAACGUACCAUUAUUGAAUUUUCAUAUAAAAUAGAUUGAAAUCUUGUGAAAAUACCAGAGAAGUUUCAAUUAGUAUGGAGCUAUAGU